CGGAACAGACCAAAACCGGCCGCAACAAGAUUUAGCUUCAAAAAAAACUGUGGCGCUAGGUAUCCCUAAAAAAAACAAACAAACUACGGCGCUAGGUUUGCGCCGCCAGCUCUCAUCGUCGCCUCCGGCGGCCGGUCACCGGAGUGCGUCUCCGUCGCCUCGCCCUAGCCACUCCUCCCCUUCGUUCUAGCGAGCACCAACGCCAGCCGUGGCCUGGGCUUGAGCCGUGGUCUCCUCCGUCGGUCCCGACCAGCGAGCACGCCUCCUUCAGCCAUCUCCUCCCCUCCCGGCCUCCUCGCAGCACCGGUCGCAGCACUACUUCCACGCCUCCUCUACACCAACAAGGGCAGCACCAAGAACUGUGGGCCUGGUGAGGUGUCAUAGCUUGGUUCUUCCACAGCCUCGAUCUCAUGCAAGCUAGAUUCAGCUUUUGAGGAAUCCUGGGAGGAAGACAAGUCUUCUGAGAGUCUAAGCUUGGAGGUGAAACCCUCAAGAGCUCGCACAUCUACCACCUACAACUGUUAAGGUUCAACUUAGACAUCACCGCAAUCUGAAGUGUAGGAGUGCCCCUGAAGUUACCAUGGCCGAUAUUGCUCCUGGUUCCAUCAACUUCCACAGGAACAUCGAAAAUUGUGUGGUUCGGAUAGUAUAUCGUGUGGAUGGAGAUGUUGUGAAAUCUACACUGGGUGUUGUGGUUUCAGUUGGGAGAGGCUACUGUGACAUUGUAGCAAGGAAUUCUAUAUUGGAAGUGAAGAAACCGAAUCGAGUUCGGGUUUAUUUUCCUAAUAAUGACAGAGUUCGUAUUACAUCAUCUGAGGACCUUGGCAAUAACAUUGGCAUGUUCCAUAUCUUGGGUAAUGAUCUACAAGUAGCUCCAAUGGUGCUUAGUUCUCAGGACCCUCUUCCAAAUGAGACUAUAUAUCUCUUCACAUACAAAUCAUUUGGAAGACAGUGUGCAAUAUUACCCCCAGGAAAUGUGACUAGCAUUGCUGGAUGUCAGCUUAAACAUGAUUCUACAACUCCUGCCGAGGUUGAUGAAGAAGAUAGUGAUGGGGAAAUUCUAGUUAAUGCUAGAGGCGAACUUGUUGGUAUUGUUGAUGAAAAACACCGUCAACAUGCCACUACUUCAAGAGUAAUAAGAAAUGCACUCAAUAAGUUGGGAGGUUAAAGCUGAAUAGGCCAAAGAUCUAUUGGAAUUCCUUUUGAGUGGAUAUUUGUAAUGUGAAGUAACAUUUUGGUUUCAUGAAUUUCGCCACAAUGGUUAUUAAUGGUAUCAAGCUGAA